UCCCCCGCCGUGUGGCCGGCUGGCAGGAAGGAUGGGAGAGAGGGAGGGAGUGAAUGAGCGAGCUGCGGAUGAGGGUUAAAGGUGCUGCUGGCAGGGAAGUUUGAAGAAGGUCGCCGCUGCUUGUGCGCUCCAGCAGCAUCAUGGCGGAGCAGAGCGACUCGCCUAUUCACGUUCAGGAGGAGACGCCCGCCGCCGCCGCUGUACCGGCGCCUCCGACUCCGGCUCCAGCUCCUGCUCCCACACCUCAAGCCAUCGGCUGGCCCAUUUGCCGGGACGCCUAUGAACUGCAGGAGGUGAUCGGUAGUGGUGCUACAGCUGUAGUCCAAGCUGCGCUAUGCAAACCCAGACAAGAACGCGUAGCAAUAAAAAGAAUCAACUUAGAAAAAUGCCAGACCAGUAUGGAUGAAUUGCUUAAAGAAAUUCAAGCCAUGAGUCAAUGCAGUCAUCCAAACAUAGUUACAUAUUAUACAUCUUUUGUGGUCAAGGAUGAGCUUUGGUUGGUUAUGAAACUGCUAAGCGGAGGCUCAAUGCUGGAUAUAAUAAAAUACGUUGUCAACAGAGGAGAGCACAAGAGUGGUGUUCUGGAAGAAUCAAUAAUAGCAACCAUUCUUAAAGAGGUUUUGGAAGGCUUAGAUUAUCUACACAGGAAUGGGCAAAUUCACAGGGAUUUAAAAGCUGGUAAUAUUCUUUUGGGUGAAGAUGGCUCGGUACAAAUAGCAGACUUUGGUGUUAGUGCAUUUUUAGCCACGGGAGGAGAUGUUACCCGUAACAAAGUAAGAAAGACAUUUGUUGGUACUCCGUGUUGGAUGGCGCCCGAAGUCAUGGAGCAGGUGAGAGGUUAUGACUUCAAGGCUGACAUGUGGAGCUUUGGAAUAACAGCCAUCGAAUUAGCAACAGGAGCUGCACCUUAUCACAAAUAUCCUCCAAUGAAAGUGUUAAUGCUGACACUGCAAAAUGAUCCGCCAACGUUGGAAACGGGUGUAGAAGAUAAAGAAAUGACAAAAAAGUAUGGCAAGUCCUUUAGAAAACUAAUUUCACUAUGUCUUCAAAAAGAUCCUUCUAAAAGGCCUACAGCAGCAGAACUUUUAAAAAGCAAAUUCUUCCAGAAAGCAAAGACAAGAGAAUACUUGAUUGAAAAGCUUCUUACAAAGACACCUGACAUAGGACAAAGAGCAAAAAAGGUUAGAAGAGUGCCAGGUUCCAGUGGCCACCUCCACAAGACAGAAGAUGGAGAUUGGGAGUGGAGUGAUGAUGAGAUGGAUGAAAAGAGUGAAGAGGGCAAAGCUGCUUUUUCCCUAGAAAAGUCACGAAGAGUAAAAGAGGAGGAGAACCCUGAGAUUUCCACGAAUUCCAGCAACAUCCCUGAUCAAAUACAGAAUUUAUCAAUAAAAGGUCCUCGGACUCAACCUGCUGUUAAUAAUGAAUUUGGUGAAGUUCCAUGUGCCGUGAAUCUUGUUUUAAGACUAAGGAAUUCCAGAAAGGAACUUAAUGACAUACGAUUUGAGUUUACUCCAGGCAGAGACACAGCGGAUGGUGUAUCUCAAGAGCUGUUCUCUGCAGGCCUGGUUGAUGGCCACGAUGUAGUUAUAGUUGCUGCUAAUUUACAAAAAAUAGUAGAUGAUCCCAAGGCCUUGAAAACAUUAACCUUUAAGCUGGCUUCUGGCUGUGAUGGUACCGAGAUUCCUGAUGAGGUAAAGCUGAUUGGGUUUGCUCAGUUGAGUGUCAGCUGAUGGCCAGUCACUUGACCCCCAGCAAAAUGGUGAGAUUGCAAAGAGGCCAGCUUUACAUUGCGGAGGAAAACUUUCAAGCACCACCCACCGAGUUCUGCUUCAUCCUAUAGCAAUUCACCAAGUUGGAACAAGCCAAGCCCACAGCGACUCUGCUCCUGCUAACAUUCCAAAAGCUACUAAACGUGUCUCCAGCAAUCAGAUCGGAUUUCCCUGAAGUGAAAACAGACAGAUUGGAAAUGCACUCAGGUGGCUGUAUCCAUUGGUUACAAAAGGAAUUUUCUAACAGAAUUAUUUCUUCUUCUUUAAUUUAAAAAAAAAAUCCAGUAAUAACUAUUUUAGUUGAUAAUACUGACGCUCUUCUGUUGUAUGUAGAAAUAAGCAUAAUUAAAAAUGCUAAGGUUUAUUAGCCAAACUUGAAUUCUAGUUUUAAAACCUACUGUGAAUUUUAUUUUUCCCUAUAUUUAUGCAUUAUACAUCCUAGCUAUACAAAAUUUAAAAAAAAAAUUUUUUUUAGUUUCUUGAUUUAUGUGCUACUUGCAGUUAAACAUGUUUGUUUGAAGAGUUUCUGGUUUAUCUUUGAAGCAUUUGUCACUAUCUCUAGUUUCUGAACUGAUGUAGGUAUUUAGUUUUGGUUUUGUUUGGUUUGUGUAUUUUUAAAAACAAAACAAAAGCAUCCAUAACCAGAUUGUCAAGGGUGUGGGAGGUGCCUUGCGGAUAUUAAUGUUCUGAGACUGUGCCUGAAGCUGUGUGAAUCUGAACUUGUCUCGUUUUCUAGGCCCACCAUGUCUGGAUCUCUGAGUAAUGAGCACGAGAUUUACUGUAGCGGAGACUUGAGACAGUGUGGCCUACAUUCUGCUUUGUGGGGGGCGGCUGGGGGGUAGGGGAGUCUACAAGCUGAAACUUCUUACAAACAGUUGCCAUUAAGCUAAAAUGCCUUUGUUUUGCCCAUCUCUGAUCUGGCUUCUCUUUAAGGGGUAGGAAUUGUUUUGUGAUGCUAAAACUUGAAGAGAAUCUGAGCUUUACUUGAAAUUCUGCAGAACACACCGUGGUGGAGUGCAAAUAAUAAGAAAGGGCUUUGUGCAAUGACUUCAAGGUAAAAGAAACAAAAUUCUGUUAACAGAAAAUUAAAAAAAUACUUUCAACUGAAGUAGUCCUACGCUUAACCUGUGGCAUAGAUAUUCUGGAGCUUGUACAUGUUAGAAGGAUUCUCUAAUCUGAAGCAUAUUUUCAGGGAAGUGGGUUUCUUGGAUGUUACCAUGUGAAACUUCCUUGCUAAACUUAGAUAAAUGGCAGCUCUCUGACAUACAAAAUAAUGGCAAUUGUGUUAUUUAAGAGUUAUUUAUAAUGCUUUGUCAUAAAUGUUUGAGGUGUUCUAGAGCCAUUUGCAUACAACUCAAUGUAAUUCCAUUCCAUUCUAUUGUUUACACAAUUACUCAAAGACUGACUGCAGAGGUAAAAGGAAAAUAAAAGUGUAUUGCACAAA